UCAUUACUGCGUAGUGUGUAAAUAUAAUAUCUUUACUAAAAUUUCGCAAGCUUGCCAUUGUUUUUCUAUUAAACCCUGUUAUUAUAACUCAAUUUUGAAUUAACGACAUGUUCGGCACACCGACGCUCGGUGCCGCUUCGGCCUUUGGUGGAACCGCGGCCGUGGCACCGUCCAAUCCGAUGAAGGAUUUUGAAGUAACCUCUCCCCCGGAGGACACUGUCUCGGCGAUGGAGUUUAGCCCUAGUACGCUUCAGCAGAACUUUCUGAUCGCGGGAAGCUGGGAUUGCAGUGUGCGCUGCUGGGAGGUGGAACAAAGUGGCAAAACGGUCGGUAAAUCCAUCAAAACCAUGGGCGGUCCGGUGCUUGAUGUGUGCUGGGCAGAUGACGGUAGCAAAGUGUUCAUCGCAUCCGCUGAUAAACAAGUUAAAUGUUGGGACUUAGCUUCAGAUCAAGUAGCUCAGGUGGCUCAGCACGAUGCUCCGGUUAAAACAUGCCACUGGGUCAAAGGAACUAACUAUACCUGUUUGAUGACUGGGUCGUGGGAUAAAACGCUCAAGUUUUGGGAUACGCGAACUCCCCAACCCAUGAUGUCCAUUCAAUUGCCGGAAAGGUGUUACUGUGCGGAUGUAGACUACCCGAUGGCCGUAGUUGGAACGGCCAACCGACACGUGUUGAUCUAUUCAUUAGAGAAUAAACCGACUCAAUACAAACAACAGGAGAGUCCUCUGAAGUAUCAGCACCGUACCGUUUCGAUCUUUCGCGAUAAGAAGAAAACUCCCACGGGAUACGCGCUGGGUUCCAUCGAAGGACGAGUGGCUAUACAGUACGUUAAUCCAAUAAAUCCAAAGGACAACUUUACAUUUAAAUGUCAUCGGUCGAACGGCUCCAAUGGUUAUCAGGACAUAUACGCCGUCAACGAUAUAGCGUUCCACCCGAUUCACGGUACUCUGGCGACGGUCGGUUCCGAUGGAACUUUCAGCUUUUGGGACAAAGAUGCUAGGACAAAAUUGAAGUCAUCGGACACAAUGGACCAAUCCAUAACGAAAUGUUGCUUCAAUGCGAACGGACAAAUAUUUGCCUACACCGUCGGAUAUGACUGGUCCAAAGGGCAUGAGUAUAACAAUCCGCAGAAAAAGACCUAUAUAUUCCUGCGUUCUUGCUACGAAGAGCUUAAACCGAGGGCAACUAACUAGAACUUAGUUUGAAGUGUAAGUCAUCAUGCGUGUUAAAUUCCACAUUUGCUAGCAUUAAACAUUUCC